AUGACCACCCAACUCCCGACUUUUACUGCUGCCUCGACUGCCGAUGAGGUUGCAGAGGCACUAGCCAGCGAAUUACGGGGCAAGAAUGUGCUCGUUACCGGGACGUCUGUGGGGGGUAUCGGCUUCGAGACCGCGCGUGCGAUUGCCAAGUAUGCGGCGCUCGUGGUUAUCACUGGUUACAACACAGAGAGAUUACGUCUGUCGAAAGAGGCGAUCGAGAAGGAAUUCCCCGCCACCCAAGUCCGCACGCUGCAGCUCGAUCUCUCCUCGCUGGGAGCCGUGCGCAAAGCAGCCGCGGAGGUGAACGCAUAUGCCGAGCCGCUGCAUGUCCUCAUCAAUAACGCAGCCGCCACCGAAACUGUGCACGGCCUCACCAGCGACAACCUCGAGAUCCAGAUGGCCGCGGGACACAUCGCGCCGUUCCUCUUCACCAAGCUGCAUGCCGCUGGCGAAGGUGUACCGCUGGACAAGGAGGAGUUCGCACGCGGACAGGGCGGCCCGGACCCGGACCCCGCGGUCCGCAUGUUUGCGCGCUACGGCGCGGUGAAGAGCGCGAACGUCUUGACGGCACGGGAGAUGGCGCGGCGUGGUGGACGCAAUGUCAAAGCAUACAGCUUGCACCCUGGCGCCAUCGUCACGAAUGCGUUCAGCAAGGGGUUCAAGGCGGCGCUCGAGCAGUUCGGAAUUAUCGACAGCGAAGGGAAGCCGGGUAACGUGUUCUCCUUCAAGAGCCUUCCGCAAGGCGCAGCAACGACCGUCGUGGCAGCAUUCGAUCCUCGUAUUGCCGACCAUUCUGGGGCCUACCUCGAAGACGGCGUGCUCGCAGAGCAGAACGUGGCAGCACACAGUGCUGAUAUGCAACGAGCCGGGAAGCUGUGGGCGCUUACAGAGGACGUCAUCGGAGAGAAGUUUGAAUUGUAG